AAAUAGCGCGCACAAAAAAAAAAAAAAAGAAAAAAGAAAAAAAAAGAAAGAAAACUUUCCUUUCCUCCCCCAAAUGGUGCGGGGCACCGUUGCGUCUACGGAAAGUAAGAGAUGUUACCAAUCGGUGAAUCUCCGAUGUGCGGUGACGAUGUCUGCGAGCGCCUGGAACAAGCUCUCCGAGAGUGUCACAAGCGAGUUCCAGAAGGUCCGGCGCGGCGGUCAGCCUGCCGACACCUGAACCGAUCUCUUGCAGAGUGUCUGGUGGCGACGGCUUGUCCUAGCGAGGUGGAGGCGGUACGAACCCUCUGCUCCAGCGGCGGAACCGCUCUCAAGAGAUCGCAGUGCGAGCAAGCUAAGUUUUCGCUCUCUUUCUGCCUCUCCUCUCUACAAUUUUGAAACCCUAGAUCCUUGAAAUCGGUGUAGAAAAAGGGGAAACCUGCAGGUUGGAUAUCGCAUCGGAGAAGAUGGAUUAAUGAGUAUGUAAAGAUAAUGGACCACUCGUGUUUUUAAAAAUUCCUUAGAACAAACAAAUCUAUAUCUCUUCUCGUUGAAGGUCAGAUCCCGAGAAUUGGAAAAGAAUGUGAAUUUAUAUCCCUUCUCGAGGAAAAAAAACAUCAAAAUUGUUGAAUAUACUGAGUGAAAUUCCUUCCGAGUCGCACAAUUUUGUUAUUAGCAACUAUAUAUUUUGGUUUUGUUAUAGAACAUCUCAUUGAUAUCAA